AUGCGCAGGCCACUGAAGAAAGGGAAGAAGGCGUGCACUGAGUGCCGCCAGCAAAAGGUGCCCACUAAUCUACAGGCAAAAUGCGAUGUCUAUCUAAACCCCGACGAGCCUUGUACCCGGUGUCGCAAGGUCAAUGCAAACUGUGUCAUCUCAGAUCCCUUCAGACGAGAGCACAAGCGCAAGUGUGUACAUCUCAUCCCAUCCAUAGAAGCCAUUCAAUAUGCUGACAACAUCACCAGACGGAUGUCGGAGUUAGAGGAGGAAUCUGAAAAUCUCCGCCGCAAGCUCCGGGCCUCGCACCCAGCGGACCCGCACCCAUCGCCCAUCGCCCUGCUAACAGCAGCGGCAGAGAUGGCUCCAAGGUCCGAGCCAAACAGUGAUUCAAUGUCCGGAACCCCAAAUAUACCAACUCCAUCAUAUCCACCGCAAUUUCUUGCACCAAAUGGCUUAGGGAUAUCUCCGUCAACCCCGGCCCCGGCACCGGCAUUGGAAGGGGACACAACCCGGUCUCGGAGUUUACAUGGUGUCGAGGUCAGGGGGGAAGAGAUCGACGAUCUCUUUCAUAUAUUUUUCCGCCACUACGCUCAAUUCUUACCCAUUCUCGACCCACAAACCAGACCAAACACAUACUACACACAAUCCCCCUUCCUCUUCUGGUGUAUAAUUGGCGUAUCAUGUCGAGCCUACGCGCGGAAUCCAACACUCUUAAUGGCUUUGGCACGGAGCGUCAUAGAGAUGGCAUUCUUGUCUGCAUUAUCGACCUCGCCGCCAUGGCAUACUAUCCAAGGCCUCUUGCUCUUGCUAACCUGGCCAUUUCCAAAGGGUGAACAUCCAGAUGUGACAUUUCCGCUCAGUGGGAUGUUGUUGCAUAUUGCCAUGCAGAAUGGCUUGCAUAUACCGAUGUCCAGCCAUGAAUUUUCGCGUGUCAAGAUGCCCGCGCCGUCUGAGGCGGAUCUAGUUCGGAGAUCGGAGCUGUGGGCGCAUUCUGUGAUUGUGUACCAAAGAGUAUGCGUGACAAAGGGACAAUUACCUCGAGCGUUGGUCAGUCUCUCCCAGGAUCCUGCCCAACGCCAAAAUCUGUUCGAUACAAUUGCGCCUUGGAUGGUACUCAAACUUCGUUGCCAAGAGCUCAUUGCACGAUGCAGCGAGGCAGUCCUGGCAAAUGGGAUGCGCUCCAUGUCAUUGGACCAGGAACGCGCGUUAGAUAUCCUUCUUCGCACCUACGAAGGACAGAUAGAUGAAUUAGAGCUUCAAGCCGUGACUGAUGAAGAGAGAUUCGAUACUGGACUUUGCCGGCUAGCAAUCCAGACAUUUCAUCUUUACAAAAUCCAGACUCUAGUUUCAAGCGCUUUCUAUCCACGACUUCUGGUCACCGCGUGCAGUCUGAUCGACUACGUACAGUCCCUUGCAGAUCGGCUUGGUUGCUUGGCGAUGUGCCCAGUCCAGAUGGGCUUUGCGAUCCUCUUGGCAUCAACGUCUCUUCUUCGAAUUCUGAAAAGUAACACGGCCUCGCACGGUCUAGAAACCACGCGCGCACGAGCAGCAGUCUUCACAGCCAUCAACAUGGCCAAGCAGAUGACCGUUGAUAGCGCGGACAUGGCUGCGAAGACCGUGACCAUACUAAACUCUGUCUGGAACAGCAGCAGGGCGUUCCGGAAAGCCGACGGCGGCGAGUACACAGCUCUCCGGAUCCGCAGCCGACUAGUCCUCAGCCCAAUCCUCGACACAGUCUGGUGGUGGCGAGACGAGUUCGAUCCCCCGUCGCGGACGAUGCGAUCAAUCAUAGAACCCUCGGAUGGUAAGGUCUUUAUGCGCUCACGUUAUUCUGUCGCAACUGAUGCAGGCGCAGGCGCAGCAGUAGACGCCAAUCGCGAUUUUUCCGGUGGCAUGGUGCCAUCUACUGGCAUGCCGGAACAAAACAACGCUUUUCAUCUUGACGAGCAGUUUCUAGCCGAUUUCGAAUGGGCUCUUGGCGACGACGCGUUGUUCUCGUUGGACCCACUGCCUGCAAAUUGGGCUCCCGCAAAUCUUCUAUGA